CGUAGGUGCGGGAUGCUGCAAGCGCCGCUCGGCUCUCGCCAUCCAUCGGGCUGGAUCCUUUCGCCGGAUAGGAUUGAGACGGCGGGGCUGUGGCCCUGGGGGAGUUAACUGGACCCCCGCGGGGCUGGCUUUGUCGCCACACGCGCGUCCUUCGCGGGGAGGUGCUGCCGGCCGGAGCAUCCAGCGCCGUGCCCGCCUCCCCGGGGACCGGCCGCCAGCGAGGGAUGCUGAGGGACAGCUCAGCUGGCUCUGCCACCGCACCCCGGCCGCUCUGACGGGGCUCCAGCAGCGCCCACCCCUCGGGAGAUCCCCCCAGGAGGAGCCAGCCCCUUUGUCUCGGCGAGGCGACGCAGCCUUUCCUCCGGCAGCCACAUCCCGGCUGGAUGUGACCGCUGCAGGCAGCCGGGGGCAGAGCCCUCCCCGCCUCCCUGGGCGGCGAGUCGGGAGCCUACGGCAUCGGAGAGAGCCGGGAGCAUCCCCAGGAGUCUCUGACAGAGCCGGCAGCUGCCUCUGCCGCCGGCUCCUGGGUGCUCAGCCGUGUGUGCUCGCAGAGUUAUGUCAUGCCCAGACCACCGCAGGGCUCCAUGAGGAUUUAUGGAAGAUGCUCCGUGUCUUGGCGCCUCUGGUGCUCCUUCUGCUGUGGCUGAUGAGGAUCUGGGCCAGCCCCCAUUCCCUGAGGAUUGCUGCCAUCCUGGAUGACCCCAUGGAGUGCAGCAGAGGGGAGAGGCUCUCCAUCACCCUGGCCAAGAACCGCAUCAACCGCGCGCCCGAGCGGGCGGGCAAGGCCCGGGUGGAGGUGGACAUCUUCGAGCUGCUGCGGGACAGCGAGUACGAGACAGCAGAGACCAUGUGCCAGAUUCUCCCCAAAGGCGUGGUGGGAGUCCUGGGACCUUCCUCCAGCCCAGCCUCCAGCUCCAUUAUCAGCAACAUCUGUGGGGAGAAAGAGGUUCCUCACUUCAAAGUGGCUCCAGAGGAGUUCCUGAAGCUGCAGCUCCAGAGAUUCACCACCCUCAACCUCCACCCCAGCAACACCGACAUCAGCGUGGCCGUGGCAGGAAUCCUGAAUUUCUUUAACUGCACCACUGCCUGCCUCAUCUGUGCCAAAGCUGAAUGCCUUUUAAACCUGGAGAAGCUGCUGCGGCAGUUCCUCAUCUCCAAGGACACGCUGUCGGUGCGGAUGCUGGACGACAGCCGGGAUCCCACCCCGCUCCUGAAGGAGAUCCGAGACGACAAGACAGCCACCAUCAUCGUCCAUGCCAACGCCUCCAUGUCCCACACUAUCCUGCAGAAGGCAGCUGAACUGGGGAUGGCAUCUGCCUAUUACACCUAUAUCUUCACUAAUCUGGAGUUUUCCCUCCAGCGCCUGGACAGCCUGCUGGACGACCGAGUCAACAUCCUGGGAUUCUCCAUUUUCAACCAGUCUCAUGCCUUCUUCCAAGAGUUCGUCCAGAGCCUCAACCAGUCCUGGCAGGAGAAUUGUGACCACGCUCCUUUUACUGGGCCUGCACUGUCCUCGGCGCUGCUGUUCGACGCCGUGUACGCGGUGGUGACGGCGGUGCAGGAGCUGAACCGCAGCCAGGAGAUCGGCGUCAAGCCCCUGUCCUGCGGCUCAGCGCAGAUCUGGCAGCACGGCACCAGCCUCAUGAACUACCUGAGAAUGGUAGAAUUGGAAGGUCUCACCGGCCACAUCGAAUUCAACAGCAAAGGCCAGCGCUCCAACUACGCCCUGAAAAUCCUGCAGCACACUCGGGGUGGCUUCCGGCAGAUUGGCCACUGGCACGUCUCUGAAGGGCUCAGCAUGGACAACAGGAUCUUCUCCUCCAACAUAUCCGACAGCCUCUUCAACACCACGCUGAUUGUCACCACCAUCCUGGAAAACCCUUACUUAAUGCUGAAGUGGAACCACCAGGAGCUGGAAGGCAACGACCGCUACGAGGGUUUCUGCGUGGACAUGCUGAAGGAGCUGGCAGAGAUCCUGCGCUUCAACUACAAAAUCCACCUGGUCGGGGACGGCGUCUACGGCGUCCCCGAGGCCAACGGCACCUGGACGGGGAUGGUCGGGGAGCUGAUAGCUCGGAAAGCUGAUCUGGCCGUGGCGGGGCUGACGAUCACGGCGGAGCGCGAGAAGGUGAUUGAUUUCUCCAAGCCCUUCAUGACUCUGGGAAUUAGCAUUCUCUACCGAGUUCACAUGGGCCGCAGACCCGGCUACUUCUCCUUCCUGGACCCCUUUUCUCCGGGCGUCUGGCUCUUCAUGCUGCUCGCCUACCUGGCCGUCAGCUGUGUCCUCUUCCUGGUGGCUCGGCUGACGCCGUACGAGUGGUACAGCCCCCACCCCUGCUCCCAAGGUCGAUGCAACCUCCUGGUGAACCAGUACUCCCUGGGGAACUCGCUGUGGUUCCCAGUGGGGGGGUUCAUGCAGCAGGGCUCCACCAUUGCCCCCCAGGCUCUGUCCACGCGCUGCGUCAGCGGAGUCUGGUGGGCAUUCACCUUGAUCAUCAUCUCCUCCUACACGGCCAACCUGGCAGCGUUCCUGACCGUGCAGAGGAUGGAUGUGCCCAUCGAGUCCGUGGAUGACCUCGCUGACCAGACAACCAUCGAGUACGGCACCAUCCACGGCGGCUCCAGCAUGACCUUCUUCCAAAACUCCCGCUACCAGACGUACCAGCGGAUGUGGAAUUACAUGUACUCCAAGCAGCCCAGCGUCUUCGUGAAGAGCACGGAGGAAGGGAUCGCGCGCGUGCUGAACUCCAACUACGCCUUCCUGCUGGAGUCCACCAUGAACGAGUAUUAUCGGCAGCGCAAUUGCAACCUCACGCAGGUCGGGGGCCUUCUGGACACCAAGGGCUACGGGAUUGGCAUGCCCGUCGGCUCCGUGUUCCGCGACGAGUUCGACCUGGCCAUCCUCCAGCUGCAGGAGAACAACCGCCUGGAAAUCCUGAAGCGCAAGUGGUGGGAAGGAGGGAAGUGCCCCAAAGAGGAGGACCACAGAGCCAAAGGCUUGGGGAUGGAGAACAUUGGUGGAAUCUUCGUGGUGCUCAUCUGUGGCUUAAUCGUAGCAAUUUUUAUGGCAAUGCUGGAAUUCUUGUGGAGCCUUCGACACUCUGAACAGUCGGAGGUGUCGGUUUGCCAAGAGAUGGUGACGGAGCUGCGCAACAUCAUCCUGUGCAAGGACAGUUUCCACCCCCGUCGGAGGCGAGGGGGGGUGGUACGGACUCGCCCCGCUGCGCCCGAGGAGCGCCGAGCCCGCAGCACAACCACGCUCAGCAACGGCAAGCUGUGCAGCGGGGGCGAGCCAGACCCCCUGGCACAAAGACUGGCACAAGAGGCCGCCCUGGUCGCCCGGGGCUGCACCCACAUCCGCGUGUGCCCCGAGUGCCGCCGCUUCCAGGGGCUGCGGGCGCGGCCGGCCGCGGGGUCACCGGCGCGGAGCGAGGAGAGCCUGGAGUGGGACAAGGCCACCAACAGCAGCGGGCCCGAGUAGCGCCGGGCCCCGGGGGGCGUCGGGGUGGGAUGAGAGGGUCCUGUUCCAUUUUACAGAACACGGACUUGUACAAUGUCAACUCGUUUUUAAAUCAAUAGCAGUUACCCGGCUUCUCCAGAGCGAGGUGGACCUUGGCGUGGACACGGAGGGCUGGCUGCGGUUUCGGUGUCCGCCGCGGCCUGGCGUGGCAGGAGGGAGGUCCUCAGGCUGGUGGGUGUCCAGAGGUUGUCUCUGGGAAGGAGGGACGUGGUGGGUGGCUGGUGUAGCAGGUAUUGCCCACCCAGGGGCAGGGAGGGGUUCCUGGAACCUCUUGCCCCUCCAAGGUCAGGAGAAAGGACAGUGGCGCUGCCUCUCCAUCACUUACUGGGGGAUGUUCUCCAAGGGCAGGGGGGGACUUUUUAUUUGCUGUGGCUAUGGGAAGGGAUGAGUCAUUAUUUUGGGGUUUUUUUUGUUUAAUUUGGGUAUGUCAGGACCCAGUCUCCAAGGCACCAGGUGAUGAAUUCUUCUUCCUUUUCUGAGGGUGGCAGGUGGGUUGAAGGGGGAAGGAGAGGAUGGGAUGGGACACACUCCCUGUGAGCAGCAGCAUUUGCUGGAAGUCCAUCUGAGGAGUUGUUAAAAUUACAUAUAUAGAGAAAUAUAUCUAUACAUAGAUAUAUAUAUAUAUAUAUAUAUAUAUAUAUAUAUAUAUGAAAAUGCCAAAAAACAGCCAACAAACACAAUGAACUCAAAGAGGCCUUGAAACGCCUGGAAUUUCAGGGGUUCUGUGUAUUUUGUUUCAUUCUGGGGUUAUUUUUUUUCCUUUUUUUUCUUUUCCUUUCUGUUCUUGGGAGGGGGGUGGGGGGGAGCCUUUUGAGGGAGGUGAGUGGGGAGCACUGGGGGAGGCUGCCCAUCCCCACCAGCCGAGGGAGGAGGUGUUGGGACCCCCAAAGUGUCCCUGGCUGUGCUCUGCACACUCCUGAAGCGACUCUGAGCUCUGCCCCAGGCUCAGGAGCUCCCCAAAUCCAUGACCCCAUGGAACACCCUCAGCUUCCAGGGUGAAUUCCAGCCACGCAGCAUUUGAGAAAAUCAUUAGCCCAGGAUCUCGUGUAAGGAAAAUAGUGACUUCCCUAGAAACAGCAGCAGCUCACCCUCUGCUUGGUACAGAUGCGGGGUUUACACUGGCAAAUUUAAUUUUCUGAUUGAAAAAACAAAUUCUAUGCAAUUUCUGGUCGUAAAAGGAAAGAGAUGACAAUGGAGAGGGGCAGGGGAGAUAAAGCCUUGAGUGAAGGUACAUCCUGUUCUUGAAUUGUUUUCUUUUCUUUUUGUCUUGAAUGUACUGAAAUAAAAGA